ACUCGAGGCACUUGUCCCCUCCAUUUAUACUGGUAUAUAUAUAUACUCCUGGUAAUAAUAUCAUAUAUUUACAAAUAUCUGCAUAUAUCCACACCAUGGCUGAGGAGAAAGAGAAGCACCACUUCUCCCUUUUCCACCACAAGGAGGAGAACCCAUCAGGGGAGGUGGACUACGAGAAGGAGGAGAAGGAGCACAAGCACAAGGAGCACCGCGGCGAGCUCGGCGCCGUCGCCGCCGGUACCUUCGCCAUGUACGAACGGCACGAGGAGAAGAAAGAUCCGGAGCACGCCCACAAGCAUAAGAUCGAGGAGGAGGUCGCCGAAGCGGUCGCCGUCGGCGGCGCCGGUUUCGCUUUCCACGAGCACCAUGAGAAGAAAGAAGCACACAAACAUGAGCAUUAGAUCCAUAUCCAUGCUUAAAAUUUGCACCAGUUUUUAUUAUUAUUAUUAUUUUGUUACAUAUAUAUAUAUAUAUAUAUAUAAUGCAUUAUGAAUGAAGGGUUUGAUGUGUUUUAGUUAUAAAUAGAUAUAUAUAGAUAUUGCACUAGAGAAUAAGUGCUCUAUAUUAAUCUUCUACCUAUAUUAGUUUGGUUAUAGUUAAGGGUUUGUGGUUGUGUUUGUGUAUAUAUAGGCAC